UCCGCUAGCUAGCGGGGCUGCAGACUUACUGUCGCUUGUUGAUGUGGGGGGAUGUCGACCCGAGUCUCCGUCAAGCCAAUAAACAGCACAUGGUUGCGGGCCCAAUGCUUGCUGGUUUGAUGCCGGCGUGCUAGCCGCCCCGCUGCACUUCCACUGGGCUGGCGGCCCCGACACGCCUGUUAGCUGGGCGGCUAUUAGCGUCGAGGAAGCAGGGACGCACCAUGGCGGGUGGAAUCACUGAGACCGGAGAGCCCUACUCUCCUUUUGUGGGGCUAGUGUACAUGUUCAACCUGAUCGUUGGCACUGGUGCUCUGACCAUGCCCAAGGCCUUCGCCAGCGCCGGCUGGGUGGUCAGCGUCGCGCUCAUCACCUUCCUGGGCUUCAUGAGCUAUAUGACGACCACGUUUGUGAUUGAGGCGAUGGCGGCUGCGAAUGCGCAGCUGCGCUGGAAGAGGAGGGAGCAGGAGGACGUCAACGACAGCGAACCAGCCUCGGAGUAUUCGGACGACGACGACGACGAUGUCAUAGACCCGGGCCGAUCGGAACCAGAGACGAAGCCCAUCCUGUCAAUCCAGCGCUCCGGUCACGUGGAUCACUUCGACAUCGUGGAGCGGGUGGAGAUGGGUCAGAUGGCGUCCAUGUUCUUCAACAAAGUGGGCGUCAACAUGUUCUACAUCUGCAUCAUCGUCUACCUGUAUGGAGAUCUGGCCAUUUACGCUGCAGCCGUACCCAUUUCGCUGAUGGAGGUAGCCUGUGGGAACCACUCCUGCAGUGCCGGCAGUCUGAAAUACAACGACACUGAUCUGUGUUGGGGUCCGGUCACCAGGAUCAACGCCUACAGAGUGUUUUUGAGCGCCUUCACUCUCCUGCUGGGUCCCUUCACCUUCUUCAACGCUCAGAAAACCAAAUACCUCCAGAUCCUCACCUCACUCAUGCGCUGGAUCGCCUUCGCCAUGAUGAUCAUCUUGGCUUUGAUCCGCAUCGGCAAAGGGCGGGGCGAGGGCCGGCCGCCGGCCGCCGACCUCUCCGGAGUGCCCAACCUCUUCGGCGUCUGCGUCUACUCCUUCAUGUGCCAGCACUCGCUGCCGUCGCUCCUCACGCCCAUCGCCAACAAGAGGCGCGUGGGCGUCCUGGUGCUGGCCGACUACGUCCUGAUCCUGGGCUUCUACGUGCUGCUCUCCUUCACCGCCAUCUUCUGCUUCCAGAGCUCGCUGCUGCACGACAUGUACACGCUCAACUUCACCGACAACUGCGACGUGCUGGACCUCCCCGUGCUGCGCUACUUCCUGGGCCUCUUCCCCGUCUUCACCAUCAGCACCAACUUCCCCAUCAUUGCCGUCACACUGCGCAACAACUGGAAGACUCUCUUCCACCGCGACGGCGGCACCUACCCGUGGGUGGUGGACCGCGUGGUCUUCCCGCUCAUCACCCUGGUGCCUCCCAUCCUGGUGGCGUUCUGCACCCACAACCUGGAGUCCCUGGUGGGCAUCACCGGCUCUUACGCAGGCACCGGCAUCCAGUACAUCGUCCCGGCGCUGCUGGUCCACUACGGCCGGCGCCACGUGCAGCCGGUGAUGGGCCGGGACGCCAUCAACAAGCACCGCUCGCCGUUCCGCCACGCCUUCUGGGUGUGGUUCGUCGUGAUGUGGGCCGUUUUCUGCCUCAUGUUUGUCACCGCCAACAUCAUCCUCAACGAAACCAAGAAAUGAGGACUCCCGCCCGACUGGUGCCUGGACAGCCGCCGGAACUCACCGCGGCCGAUGCGCGGCUAAAGAACUCGUGAAGAGGAAGCGGAGGGAUGGUUUUCAGCUGCGACCGCCAACAGAACUGGCCCUGACAUCACUCUCGUGGUAGCUUCGGAUCCAUAACACCACACUCAUCCUUGCAGUUGAGAACAUUUCAGACCCAAAAAGUUGACCUGAAGUGACCCUAGACAAACAGUACUGUCAACAAAACCCACAACUAAAUCACAGCCAUUUGCCAAUAGAUGUCUGGCUGUUUUUUUUCCCAUGUUGUCGACCCAUCUGGUGUCAAGUCCCCCUCUGAUCUGAAAUUUGAAUUCCAUGGUUCCGAUGACCAUUUUACUUCUCGUGUGAAAAUAGUUGCGAGUUGACUGGGCUUCUUCAUGGACCUCUGUCUGGUGGAACCUCUGUCCUUGCCUCAGAUUCUUUUCACUCUUUUGUCAUGUGGAAGUGGAAUCCCGUGUUGUUGCUCCAGGUCCCAGAUCUCCGCUGCUCUUUGGAACAAAACCUGACUUUGACUGACACCUGAACGUGUUUCAUCUGUGGGGAGGAUGAUGAGGAUUGUGCCUUCUCCACAUCACUGUCUCAAUCUGUGGCUCGGUUUGUGUUUUUUUUUUUUCCUGCCCCCGUGAAUCACGCCACCUCGCCUUUUUGUUUGACUUGUCAAAAAAUUAAAAACUUGUGUAAAGGAUUCACAUUUUAAACUGGUGUGUCGGAGCGACACGGUGCGUGGCUUCAGUCGCCGCCCUGCUGUUGGAUUGUGGCAUGACGGCUGUGACUUGGCGUCACGUUCACGUCUCAUAUGACGAGACAUUUCAUUUCAAAUCCUGUUGCAGGUGCGACCGUGUUGGAAGUGUAGUGUGGGGUACAGUAUAUAUGGCAGGGAUUCAUCUGACUGUGUGCGUCUUUGUUCACAUAUCCUCCCUCUGGCUUGUCUUGGGGCGGAAACCAGAGCGCCCGAGUAAACACCGACGUGAGAUUGAGCCGCGCCUCCCCUCCCCCAGUUUGGCCGGGCUCUGCCUCCAGACUGAUGGAGGGAGUAAAUCAGAGUCUGACAGAAGACUCGCGAGCGAGAUGGGGUCUCGCUCCACCACUCGUCCCGUCCAUUUGUUACCACGAAUUCUUGGAUUCUUUUUAUUGGCUCCUCAGUUCAUCAGAGGCCAGAUCCUUCAACGCCAGCUCACGUCCGGCACAUCACCAUCACUCACCCUCCGCUGCCUCUCACUGUGAGCAGAAGCAGCGGCUCCACUGCAAGUCAAAGAUGAGCGCUCUGGCUCAGCUCUUUCACGAGUCAACGUUCCAUCCUGACAGACUUCAAUCAUUCACACCAUUGUGCUUCUCUAUCACCAAAGGCCACGUGACGUCCGUGCGGUGGAGGAGCAGCUGACCCAUUGUUCUCAUCCACAUUCUCUCGGCUGUGGGAUGAAAGGCCUUCAGGUGGUGUUUGAAUGUCGCCUGUUUGCUCAAAGAGACACGUAUUUAUUUAACGGUUGUUUGUUUGUUUUUUUUGCUCCACCUGGAUCCACCGCCGUCACGUGGUGAGACGGUCCCUACUUCAAGAGUAGGAACAGUCAAGACGUGGCCGGGACCAGAGCUGCAGCAGCUGAGGAAGGUACGUCUCGUACACGCGCCUUGUGGCAAGUCAGCACGUGGUGAAGCGCACAGAAUAUGAGAACGUCCACCAAACUGUAAACUUGCCAACAACUUGGCCAACAUUUUUUCUCCAAUUUUGACCGCAGCUCUUGCAAAUAUCAAUAAGUCAAAAAUGAUUGGAGGUUGUUUGAUACGCACCACAUUCUUUGUGACGCUCUUGACUGCUAUCCGUGUACUUUUAAAACGCACGCCAGUAGGUGGGUGGAACAUUGUUCUGGCUGGUCUUGGCUACUUUUGCAGUGAAUUGGGCGGGAUUUUACGGACUUUCUGCGCAGUAAUGACAAAACCAAAAAAAGAUGGGGUUUGCAGAACGUCUUGCUCUGGGACGCUUCCUCGGUGGAGAGAGCCUUUACCUUGAACCUGAUCGUUGGCGUGAACCAGUCAGCGCUUGAGAACUUCACUCACUGAAUAUAUAUCUGAAAGUGGUUCCCGGAGGCGCUCGCCGAAGAAUGAUCUGGGAGGAUUCAUCCAAAUGAGCUCCGUCAGCACAGAAAGCUCGGGCGAGGGUUCGCCUGACGUGGAGACACCAGCGCGAUGCUCCGCCACACCAGGAGCUCAUCACCGGUCGCAUGACGCCAGUGGCUGGUUUUGGAAACAGGCUCCAGAUGGUGGCGGUGGCCAGCCAGUCAGAGAGAGGCAGCCGACACGACGGGCUGCUCUUCUCCCCUCCGACAUGAAAGCGGCGCUGCUCUUUCAUCCUCCUGUUCUACUGUCAGCGUCGUCCGUUUUGCCUGCAGACGCUCCAGUCGCUCGCCCUGCACAAAGGAAUGAUAUUUUCGAUCGGAGCGCCAGGAAUCAUUUAUCAUCCCGGCGGCAAUCAGCCGGGCCCUCAUCACUUCCAGGCGCGGGGCAGAAUACAUAAGCGCCGUCACGCCGUGGUUCGUCUCGGGGCCGAGGGCGCCGCGUCCGUCUUCUCCUUCAUCGCAGAGUGAAUGAAACAAGGCGAUGGUACUGGACUCUUGGAGAGCAGAUUCUCCGGCUGUCUUGACUUGCCAAGGUGUUGUGUGUGGAAGCUUUCAUGCGGUUGUGUUGCUGUCCAGCCCUGGUGAGGAAGCCAGUGGUCAACCACCAAAAUUGGUGGCCUUCCAGAGACCCUGGCUUUAGUGGCGAGUGUGGAGAGGGGAAAUGAAGUCAGACUCCAGGCUCGCGGCCGUCACCGUCCAUAUGCUCAUGAAUAAAACAGCUGCUUGUUUGUGUGUGUUGCCCUCGAGUGGCUGUUAGCAACGUGCGUGUCAGCUCAUUUUCCACUCACGUUUGGGUUUUGGCCGUGAAUAAAGAUCGUGUCCGGCCUUCUCAUGUCUUCGGUUUGACUUACGGACUGGUAACUGUGUUGUCCAACCCCAGGCUCCUCUUCAUGGCCGUCACGUGACACCGGCGUGAUCACACUCUCACUGCCUGACAUGCUUUUUAUGGUGAUGCUGGCGCCUUUUGUUGCACUCAGCAUGAAGCUCUCUGCUUGAUGUUGAUGACGCUUCAGGCCGGUUGAUCCCUGAUGGACUCAGCAGUGAAGUGAUGCCAAACCAUGGCAACUUUACUUCAGUCUAUUUACUCGCCCAUAUCACUGAAGUCACUGUCAGCUGCACGUGAUCCACUCGCGAAUCAGACACUGAAAAACUCACCACUGUACCUUUAAAUACUUUAAUAUGCUUUAAGAAAGUGAACGACAGAUGAGGUCUUCUUCGUAAUUUGAGUCGCUGAUAAAAACGUCGCGUUUCUGCGUAAAAGAAGUAGCUGAGUUGGUCGACUUCCUGGAAGACUUUGUUGUGGGUUUGGCUCCAAAUGAUGGCGUGACUCACUAACGUAAAAGGGCCGAUGAGGAGGAAAUGAAUGUCACGUGGAGAGGCUGGAGUAUAUCGUCUCCCACAGUCUUCCUCAGUUGCACAGCGUUCAAAAGUCCUUUAGUUAACAAUCAGGAGGUUAAAUUCUUCAUAAAUACUUGAGUCAGUCCAGUUUGGCGUGAAAAGUCUCAGCAGUCGUUCUCGUGCUGCCCGGCGGUUUAUUGCACUGAGAGUGGAGAGUCGCGCUCUCAAGUACACUAGCGGUGUGGAGUUUCACUUUUUGCUUGAACCAAAGGCUGGGAGACAUGCGGACAGGGGUCGCAGUCCGACCGCCCGGGGGUCUGACAAGGGCACAGCUCAGACCUCGGACUCCAGGCUGGACACCCUGCCCCAUGGCUUUGGCACAUAGGGACUGUUCACUCUGCGCGCCACCAAAACCUGCCUUCGUUCCCGGCUGCCGGGCUCGUCCCGCUUGCCUGAUCCCUCAUACACCCCGAGCAAAUUGUUGUGGAAACCCAGUCGGCCGCCCACACGGGGAAGCAUGGCCGUGUUGUCUGAGCAGCGGCUGGUGCAGGGAUACAAGUGGCACACGUCUUUCGAAGCCUCGUAGAACUGGGCCGGCGGCCCCACACACACGGGUGAGUCUGUGUAGGAGUUCAGGUAGGAGGAGUAGUGUCUGUGCAGCAGGGUCGAGGACGAGCGUCGUAACGCGGCCGCAUUCUGCAAGAUGGCCUCGCGGUAGGAGGGUAGCUGGGCGGAGUCGGCAUACUUGACCUUCUGCUUGUAAGGAUAGGAGCCCAUGUGGGCCGGGUCCAAGUAGGCGGGCUCGGCAGCUAAGGGGUAGCAGGACAGGUUGUGGCCCAGACUGCCGUAAAGCUUGUGCGGCUUGGAACUGGCGAGCACCACUCUGGGGAAGAGAUCUGGCACGUCCCCGCGGCCGGACGCGGAAGGCUUGGUCUCGUCCGCCUGCCGAAUCCUGUCGUUACCCCACGUGGCUUUAAGGAAGGAGGCCCGGCGGUUGAGUUUGUCCUUCCCCAGCAGAGGUAUGUCAUCCAAGUCGGGCUCCAGGUAGGACUUCAUGCAGGAGUUGCAGCUGCCGCCAGGGUAGAAUCCUGAAGGGCCAGCGACUGCGGCCUGGUUGUUGAGCAGGUGGUUGGCUCUCAGCUCCGCAAGACAAGCCCGUGGUUCGUCGUAGUCGUCUUUCCCCCUCGGCUCCAGGGCGUCAGAGAACAGGUAGCUGUGGGACCGUCUCCUCCGGCUCACGCAGUCAGGCGGGUAACUGAACUUUCUUCUCAGCGGAACCUUGUGCUCCAGGUAGAUGCUGGGGGUGUGGACCUCCCUGUAAGGAAGGAAGGAGGAUGCGGGCUGCCUGGCCGGGUUCUCCACGUAGAGUCUGUGGUGAGGAAGGCUUGUGCCGGGAGAGGCGGCGUCACCACCCAUGGCGAGAUGUGGGCUGCUGAGGCUGGAGAUGGGAAGAGUCCGCUCCAAAAUGUGCGAGGAGUUGCGAGCGGGCAGCGUGUAGCGGAGCGGCGUGGGCCGGGUCACCACGCGAGGCUUGUCCAGCAGCGGCUGAGUGGCGGAGUCCCCGUAAGGAACGGGGAAGGUCGGCGUGAGCGCCCUCUGGGGGUACGGCGAGUGGUUGUCAGUGAUGCUGGAGAUGUAAGGCAGGCGACCGUGGUUCAAGUCGGUGGCCGUCACUCUGGGAGAGAGGCCCGUCCGCACGUUCUCGGCUCCUCGUCUGCUCCAGUUCUCGAUGGUCUUGGUGGCGUUGUCCAGAGAGUUCUCCACUCUGGCGGAAGACACCAUGUCUUUGGCCGUCUUGAGCAUCUUCAGCAUGUUGGCUUGCGAGUAGUUGGUGGUGAUGUCUGGACUCUGCAUGCUGCUGCUGCGAUCGGUGUGCUCCACACCGUUGAAGCAGCUGUAGAUGCCCUGCAAGGACAAGCAGACCGUGAGCAGCAGAACAGCAGCUAGAGGGACGGCCCUGCCCCCGUCUCCAGUCCAGCCGUGGCCGCAGGGACCUGUGACUUCAGAGACACCUGGCCAAGCAAGUACAGCAGGUCACGCUGCAGCGCGGCUGGACUGAACGCUCCAAGCCGUCCCGCACCUGCUCAGUCCACUUCAGGUCACCCAAGCGUGAGACUGGGACUUCAUCUCAUCUGGAGCAACUGGACGUACAACGACCAGACUCACUGGAGCUGCAGUGUUUUCCUCACAGCUGUUUCGUCUCAGUUCAGAUGCCGGUGCAUCACACUGCCUCAGUGGCUUCUACUCCGAUCGCUCGAAUCCAUCCCAUUUUCUCUGUGAUGAACUUUGAUCAGUUGGUGAUUACAUUUGUCCAGGGGAACCAUUAACACGGCGAGUCAACGAGGUGAAAACAAUGACGUGUCACGGGAAGGCGUCGAUGCAGGGAGUGAUUUAUGUUUCCCUGUGAUUCCCUGCGAUAUUUCCCUCCCAAAUGUCACUGAGGGCAGCCACUUCAAACACAAAAAAGUGUCAAAACGGAACUCGGCAGAGAGCAGGACUCGCCUGCCAACAAGAGUUUAGAACUCUACUCUAUACAUGUGUGACCUAAGGUGGAAAUAGCCAGCAUAAUGUACAGGACUGCAGCGUGGUGGCUGGAGAAAGCAGGACCAAAGAGGUGCACUUCACGGGGAUGAGAAAAACACAAGAGGAAGAAGAGCGUGGUGAGAAAUGGCGCUCAAGCGUACCCUGCUGAUGGCGAGCAGGAAGUCCAGCCGCUCCGACUUGUGGACGGAAUGGCGGAGCUUCCAGUAGAGCAGGUGCUCCCAGGCGAACACCAGCAGGCUCAGGCCCAUGGCCACCAGCAGCAUGUAGAAGACGCCCGCCAUGUUGUCGAUGUCCAGCUUGCUGCUCAUCACCUCCUUCUUCUCGUUGCGACAGAUUCCCGUGAGCCAGACGGUCUGCAGCUUCUGGGUGUCGCCUGGAAAUGACAAACACCAGCCCGGGUCAAAGGUCACCCUGUCUUCGAUUGAUUUGCAGCCUUCGUAUUCCGGUGGCAACUGAAGCGAGAGCUUCACCGUCGGCUAGGAACUGCAGCAGCGCCAGGUCGAUCAGUCGCUUCCAGCGGGAAUCCUUCUGGAGGGCGAUGCCGUAGCCGGUGGUGGCGAACACUUUCCCACUGCCGAUGGUCACCAGCUUGCAGCCCUCGUCCUUCCCGGCCAUGUAGUUGAGCACCGCCGCGUCGUAGAUGAAGGCGUCCAGCUUCCUGGAAGCAGCGACACGGUCAGGACCUUGGAGCCGCGGCGGCGCUGCGUGAGCGGUCACCCACCCGGUUUUCAGGCUGUUGAGCGCGUCCUCCACGCCCUUCUGGUUGUACUUGACCAUGUGGGCGUGCAUCUCCGGGUAGUUGCUCCGGAUGUUUCGCUCAGUGCUGCCGUUUGGGACGGUGCCGAAGCGGAAAGGAGGGUACUGCUCCUGUGGCUUCUGGAACUGCAGACAGAAGAUCAUACUUUUAAAGUUUGAGUAGCGUAAGCCGAGGAAGGAUGAGGAUCGGCACCUCUGCAUUAGCAGGACAGUAUGACGUCACUGGAAGCUCUUGUUUUGUGUAGCUCUGUUCACACGGAGGGCGUAUAGUCUGAGAGCUCAGGUCUCCAUGAGAGACUGUGGGUGGAGCCCACAUCAUGUCUCAGCAGGCCAUUUGAAGGCUGCAGGAUCCCUGGCGUGUCCUCGGUGAACUGCUCAUCUCCCGCUCGCCUCUCUCUGUGUAGCUAUUCCAGCGUGAUGAUGAGGCAGGAAAUGCAUCUGACUCCUUGGCUUUUCAUUCACCUCCUGCAUAUUCCCCUCCCAGAGAGGGAGGAGGAGCAGAGAGGCUGCUUUGGGGGAGAGCAGAGGGUCAAGAGGCUCCCCGGACGGUGGAGGAAGGGAACUUGGAAACUUGUUGUCUUGGCCUUCUGUCGGCUCUUUUGUCGACGGGGCGACCGUCGGGACUUCUCUUAUCUGGGGCUUUAACGGAGUCAGGGAUGCUUCUGAAGUCAACUUCUCUGAGCCGGAGCCGCGGCGCCGAGGAAGACGUCACCUAACCCAACAGAGGAGUGGGUGACAUGUGCGCGCCUGGUGUUUACAGCGCCCACAUGUGACCCCCGCUGCUCUUCCUGGCUCCCAAGCCAGGUCACCCCGCGUGACCGGAGCGCAGGGUCCGCUCACCAAGCGCCUCCUUCCCUCGGCGACAGAGCGGAGGCAGAGGCAGAUGAGAGUCGAUGACUUUGCCAGAAUUGUAAUGAGCGGCCGACAGCUUGGUCUUUUCCUCAAAUGCCUCUUUAAUCCCCCUCAGUCGCCUGCGAGCGGAGAGUCUACAAAUCAUUCCUUGUGCUGACAGUUGAACAUGGAUUUCCUCGUGGCAGUAAAACGCUUCCUCGGGCCACAGAGAUGUGAAUGAGAUCAUACGUCUGCAGAGGAAAUCCAUUGAUGGUUUUUUUUUCUUCCCCUUUUACGGCUUUUCAGAACCAAAAAGGAUGUAAUUCAAUUUCACCUCCACCACUUAAACUGUUUUCAAAUCUUCCUCGCUUCACCUCCCGUCCGGAUCACAUGACCACGGCAGCGUCCUCUGACACCAGAGCUUUUCAGGCGGUGCCUGUUUUAGCCUCAUGAAACUACUGGGUCAGAAGAUGCAGGAUUGUUGGGUUUGUCCACCUUCACAGACUCGGAGGGCGACUCUGCUCACCUUCUUGUCGCUGAGGCCCGACACCGUGUCGAUGUACUGCUCCUGGAUCAUGAAGGCAGCCAGGUUGGCAGUGUAGGACGCCAAGAAGAUGACGGCGAAGAAGGCCCAGACCAGCACCAUGAUCUUACUGGUGGUUCCUUUGGGGUUCUCGAUGGGGACGGAGUUAUUGAAGACGAUUCCCCACAGCAGCCACACGGACUUCCCGAUGGUGAAGGUGGGACCGCCGGGAUCUGGGGAGGAAAUCGCAGAUGGGGUGGUGAAGAAGUCAGAGCGUGGAUGCUCUGCAGAAGUCAUGACCUCGACACAGAGUGUUCGGAGACCAGACCUCCCUAGAAAAUGAGCUGCAGAUUAGCUGGAACCACAUCUACCGAGUGCUGACUGACGUGCUGCUGUGGCGGCGGCGGCGGCGGCCCACAGGCCCGUCCUUGUUCUCCGCGUCCUCUGCUUCGAUCCCUUCCCGCCGUAUGAGAAAAGCCCAGAUUGAAAAGGCCUCUGGUCAUUUGUCACCCACGAUGAGGUAUUAUAUAGACGGCGUGGCGGCGAGAUGAAAGUGCAGCAUCUCAAUUUUCCAGCCAUUGAUUCUAAAAUGAAGGUCAUUAGGCUUCACGUGUUCCUCGUCCUCGCAGACGGGAGAAAGACCUAUUCUCUUAUUCCUUCCCACUGCAGGCGAGCAAAUCUGCAUGGAAAUCACUGACGCGAUGAUGACGAUGAACAAGCGUUUGAGAAGGCAGACGCUAACAAGCGGAUGUGGAAGGAGCCGGUACUGACCUUUGGCACUGACCAAGCUGCGAUUGUAGCCCACCGGACUGCAGUAUUCGAAGACAAAGACGGUGAUGGCGACCACGGUCAGACACAUGACGAACAUCAUGACCCACACGGCCGGACUGUACGGUUCUGGGCGGGGCCAGUGGGGAGUCGGUGAGCUUUGCACGGUGACCAUGGUGAACGUCUCUCACCUAAGAACGCAGAAGGCGAGACCGUGCCGUUGCUCCGAGCCACCAUGACGCUGAUCCCGGUCUCCACGAACGGCACAGAGAAGUCAAUGAUCUCCGACCUUUCCUCGUUGAUGGUGAGUGAGCCGAUGGCCAUGUCCGCUCGCUUGUAGAACACCUGAGCAAGAACAAAGCUCUGAUGUCAGAAGUUGAAUCUUUCUCAUCCCAGCUUCCCCUCGGGGCACGUCUCACCUCUCCAAUCAUUCCGUUCCAAAUGCCUCGCACCAGCUUGCCGUGCUUCCCGUUGGUGACCAGGUAGAGGUCGUAGGAGAACUUGAUGGUGCGGGACAGCUUCUUCAGGAUGUCGAUGCAGAAGCCCUUGCAGCACAGCUUGGUGUACGGCUCCGUGUGACCCACAAUGCUGGACACAAGCACCAACACGCUUGGUUUCCAGCUCCACGUCACAAAAGCCACAGGCUUCAGUCGCCGUCGUCUCUGUGAGACAGUUGGCAUGAACCGCGACAAUAGACGGGGAACAAAAACGGCGGCGUGUGACAUCGCACGGAUGACGUCACGCGCGGCCGCCCUCAGCUGCACACAGUAGAGUGUCUGAUGCUCGUGCUCGGUGUCACGGCCCGAGCAGAUGGACUGACAGCUGCAUGGCCAAAACAAAUCGGAGAGAAAUGGAUCACCAACACGGGCGGGCGGGCGGGCGGCUCUGCCAGCUACUUCUCACAGGUUUUCUUGCCGGUGCUCAAGGCGUUAUGUAACGUCCCACCUCAAACCUCACUUCUGUUCUUCACACUAAUUAUAGAUGAGACACAACUGUGGAGAGGAAAAGUGAAUAUCCUGCUGCUGCUGUUCCGUUGACUAAAAUACGCAAAUGACAUAUCGAUCUAUAGAUAUAUCUAUAGACACAGGUGUACAUGCAUGUACACACCAAAGAAUGACUCUUUGCACCAGAUAAAUCGAUGAGCCCGUGUGGAAACACAGUGCAAAGUGGGCGGGUCUUCCUUGAGACGGCAGCGCAGGGAGGCAACACUUAACAUUAACAUUCAGAAAGCUGGCUGCCAGUGGCACUUUACUGAGGUCAAGCCUCCCUCUGAUUGGAAGCGGCUGACGUAUGACAGCGUUAACUGGCGGGGUCGACAGCUCUCCGCUCUCAUUUGUUUCUGCCAGAGUCUGAGAAGCAGUGCCAACACUGGAGCUGGGGGGGGGGGAUGGACGGAUGGCUGGCUCUAAUGGCAGCACUCCAUUGAUGCUCUCGUUUCCCUGGUCGGGUCACGGGGUGACGCUGCAGAGGCUGAUGAACAGCUCACCUGGCUGAGUGCUCAUAAUGGUGGGGAAGAGCCUCUUCAUCUGGAGCGCCAUGGCACCAGUGGAAUACAACAUCAAUUCAGGUGGACACAUGAAGACUUGAGGUGCCAUCAUCCAGGACAUUUCUCUCCGGGAAGACGCUCAGGCUCAUCUUAGUUCCAGCACAAGUCAGUGCUACAACUGGCCCUCUCCAGAAUACACACACACACAUGCACACAGAGCUGAGAACGUUGGCUGCCAUGAGGCCACGAGAGCACACCGGAAGUAGAUCAAUCCCUUCGAUUGGCAUGGAAGCGAUGGCGCACCUGAGGUUCACGGUCACAUGACACACUGCUCAUCCUGAAACCAACACAAUUCAGCUUCAAAAAUGUCCCGCCAAACUUGAAGUCUCACGAGACUGUGAGUCACCAUGAAAACUCACUUUAGCUCAAUAAAUUGUUACCCAUUUCAAUGGCUGUCAUUCCACCUCAGACGUGAGGGGUUCUGGGGAACAGAAAGGCCCGCGGCCCAUUCAGUUCGUACAUCUGAACUCCUCAGGUCACGCUUGACUUCACUCGUAUUCAGUGACCAUGUUUCAACUGCUGACACAGCAGCAGAAGCAGGCUCAAGUCAUGGUUAGUCAGGAACAAGAAAAGAAAUACACCUGAUGCUGAGAAAAUGGGAAAUAAAACUAUAGAUACAACAAAUGUCAUCAGACAAGAUCAAACUAUUUUUAAACGCUGAAGAACCAUGGGCCCUGUGGUUCAGAAUGGCUGGGGUCUGUCCAUGUCAGCAGUGAAACUAAAACAGACCCGUGCUCCGGGCCAAGUGCUGAGGCUCGCUCCUGAUCUCUGAAACCUUUUGUCUUUCCCAGCUCAAAUGUUCAGUGACUGCUUUAGUGCGGCGUCUACAUGAGAAAACCUGUAUUCCUUCAAAUGAAAUCUGAAUCAGUUCACCAGUGGUGUGGCGUGUUGAAAGGAGAAACCGAGUAGAUCAAGCGCAGCUGCCAUCCGUCCUCGCGUGUGGUGACUUACGCCUCCGUCUUGUUGGACUGCCGGCGGCACGGAACGGUGUUGCUGACGCAGGUGCCGGUCUCGGGGUCCACGGCCUCCACGAUGACAAAGGGCCGCUCCUCCAGAGUGGCCACCGUCAGGUGCCUGUAGUCGGACACGGGCUCCAGGUAGGAGCCGUAGCGCGGCCACACCGGAUACCUCAUCUGCAGGACGCCCAUCUCGUAGUUCCCCACCUUGAGGCGAGAGAGGACCAGUGCUGAUGAAUCAUGUCUUCAGGAGCGAUAAGACUUUUCUCCAGCGUUUCAGAUCACAACUGCUUAUCACAGACCCACAUCUUAAUACAGUUGUCCCCAAUUUUCUGGCGGUCGAUGUGGUUAUGGGCCAGCGCUGUGAUUUGUGCACCCGCGGCAGCGCGCGGAGUUUUCCUCUCUCUUCAGGGGGAAAUUGAUUUCUGGGUCAGCGGGGAAGGAGGAGAGCAAUUACACAAAGAAAGCAAUUGCGCCGGCGGCGCUAUCACCACUUGGCUUAUUUGAGCUGGACGUCGGGAGGAAAUGAGCUGAAUACACAAUUAACGGCAGGAAUGAAACAUUUCAAGCUCCCUGGCGCCCGGAGCCGUGACCCCUUCAUUAGCUGGCGUCCAUUACUUCAAAGGCAGAGAAGGACGAUGGAGCGCGCCGCGCCACCGCGGGGAGUCACCACCUGACCGGACGCCCGGGCCCGUCCCACGCAGGCGCCGAGGGGACGGAGGGAUGCUAACCGUGAUGUGGCCUUCUCUUCCAUGUCAACACGGCUCAUCUGCACACCGAAUCAGUGGGUCAGCAGGAGGCCGUUUGUCAAAACAGAAUUUGUUACGUUUUAAUGUCACACGUUUGCUGUGGUUUUCAAAAAUGAACAGCAGCUGCGGCUUGGACUCGAGGGGUUUGCUCUUUGUCCAAACAGACUUGGUCUCCUUUCAUCUUCCCCUGUUGAACACGGGUGAACGCGGACGUUCAUCUGCUUUGCUGUUCCUCCACUAGUUCAGAUCUUAGGUACAUGGAUGACUUUCAUGAUCAGUGUUUCAAAAGAGUCAGAGAAACGGUACUGGAUCGGAUCACGCUCCGCUGGAGAGAAUGGCCCCGCUACCCUGGCUGAGGUGGGACAGGACUCACCUUCUACACCUCGUGAAGACAGCAGACCCGGAAGCUUCCCCUUAACGUCCCAGGAGUACGUCACCCACUGUGUGGUCCUCAUAACAUCUACUGAGCUCACCCCGAGUGGAAGCCGUGCUCUCACCGUCAAGACUACAACUUGCCUCCUCCGUUCAUUUCCUCCGUUCCUCAGAGAGACUGGCACAGCCGCCUCUCUGGGGUAGGGGGGGUUGCAGGAGAUGAUGGUGAGAGAAAAGCAGCUUUUUGCUGCUGCUGCAGCCAGCGACAGGAGCAUGUCCCGCCACCUCCGAAGGGGGCUUCUUCUCUCAUUUGUCAGCGUGUUCGUCCAUCUUCCUGACUUCUCCUGACUGACUCGCACACACCGCUGACAGAUGAGUCUCCAGGCAGCAGAGCAUUUGAAGCUCGGUUCAUUGAUUGAAGACCCGCACGGUCGGGCCGACCGCAUGAAAUCAAACCGAUCCUUCAUCUGCUGGUUCACAGUCCGACUGAAGGAAGACCCAGUUCUGAGAGGCUUCACUGAAUCAGAGGAGCCGUUUAACUGUUUGCUCCAGACCCCAUUCACCAUCGAGGACACUCCACCACUGGCGCUCGUUCACAAGCGCCGACUCCAGGAGAUUGACGAAGCCCUUACACCAUAAAUUCCCAUGGUGCAUUGCCAGUGUGGACCAAGAGAGUGUGUGCGCUGUCAGUCACAGACAACUGAUACAUCGCUGUGUGAUUCAGCUUUUGUGCAUGUCAUUCAUGAAGUGGGACACCUGUCUGAGUGUGCGUGCGUGCGCAGUGAAUCACAGACGACUAAAGGGUCAGCAGAGUGUGACAUCAGUAGUUUCAGUAGUGGGCCGAGACAUCAGUCAAGUAAACGUAUUGGAUUACUCCUGACCGCUCAGCUCAAACUGGGUCCCUGGGGGCGGGACCAAAGUCCUCCAAGGUCAGGCGCCUCACAUGACGCAUCACCCGUAAGUCCAAGUGGACUCGCCUGAGCGCCCCCCCCCCCACUCUCGUGGAGAGAUGGAACUUUGGAGAGGUGAUAAGAUGGACGCUAACGCUAGCUCCUGCGCCAACAUGAGGUAGACAUGAUCUGCUCUUUAGGCGGUCUAGCUCUCACCUUGUCCCAGGUCCUCUCCCGGUCCAGGGUGAUGAUGAUCAUGGAGGGGUUGACCAGGUAGCCAUUGCUGUUGAAGGAGAAGUCGUUGUGCUCCCAGGUUACAUUCAGCAUGUGUCUGUGGAGGACAAGCACCAGCGUAAUUCCCGCCAUCUUGGAUCCCCAGAGGAAACGUCGACAUGGCUGAAGACCUGCGUCUGAAAACUUGAUUUAUUUAGUGAAGUCAUUGGAGUCAAGGUCGACACAUUUGCCACGUCAACAGUCUACAGAUCUGCACCUGUCGAGCCAAGAGCCUGUGCUUUCGCCAACUACAUCUGCUCCACAGUGCGGAGCGGAGACUCAAACUAGAACAGAUCUCGUGUCAUCGUUCUGCCUCCUUUCUUUUAGUCACCACCUCUUCAACAGUAAAUAUAGCAUGUUCUUGUUGGAGGACUAUAACUUGGCCAUUUUUCUGUGGGUUUCUUGUUCCUCAAAAUGUCAUAUUGAAAACAAUGCAUUGCCUAUUGAUCUCGAACAUCUUGCCCAUCGUGAUGUUGAUUUCUAUCCAAAUGAAAUGAAAUAUCAUGGCAUAUUUUCGCUUGUCAAUAGCCUAGCUUACAUUGACUCUUUUCAGUUUGGCCUUGCUACUCAAGCAUGUAUUUCGGAUGCUCUCCCGUCAUCUUUUGCGGUGACGGCUGUCUUUCUUCGGACGAUGGCGCCUCUCGACAGUUACAGCUCCUCACAGGAGAGUGAACUGGCCAGCUCUGCUCUGGAGGGUGGCAGAGAGCGGCGUUGGACUGGGAGAGAGACCGUGACUCCCUGGCAACAGGAGUGAUCCCACCCCUGAACUGUGAAGUGGCUGGAGUUGUGUGUUGAUCUUCAGGGUGAGAAGAGACUCAACCAAGUGUUUUUCCUGGCUUAUUACUCCCAGCUGGACUUUAAUGGAUACUUCAUCCACGGCAUUCGGGUUUCUGAUCGGUCUGCUGCGGCUUCAUGGCCACAGUCCAGGCUCAGUUGGCGCCGGCGCUUCAACUUUGGUGACGAAUUGCAAAAAGUGAAAGGAACCCAAAAUGAGGCGGACGUAAUGGCGUGUGUGAUUGAAGUUAAGGACUGGCUUAUCGAGUCUGUCUACUCCUCGGCAGCAGACGGCGUCCGGUCUCACCUCACCUGACACUCCAGCGGAGGUGUGGAGCGCUGCGCCUCUCGGUGAAAAGCCUCUAAUCUGUUAAUCUGCACUCAUCCAAUUAAAAGCCGAGGACGCCUGUUAUCAUCCCCGCAGCCGCCGCUGUUGGAUCAGUGGGAGGCCGAGAGACGAUUGACUAUCGAGCUGAGGACAGGCGCGUCUUCCUUCACCUUCACUCCGACUCUGCAGUCGAGCCACCGGCUCCACUAAGUCGGAGGAGAGAAAGGAGUUUUGGAAUAUCAGCGUCGGCGAUGACAGAACGUCCUCGGGGCCCCGGACCUCAGAGUGAGGAGAUGCCCACGGCGCCUCCACUACUGCCAGUCAGGACUGCUCCUAUCCUUCCUAUCGUCGGUGAUAAAAGGCGCCUUUCUGCGAUCACAUCUUUGGAAACAGACGUACCGGAACAAGGUGUGGUUAGCGGCCGAGUGCUUCACCGGGACGUGGCAGUCGCUCUGGCCUUCAGGAAUGAACCCCCUCUGCUUCUGGAAGCUCUGCACCCCUUUGACGACGAUGGCCACGCCGUCUCGCACCCUCUUCCUCAGACUCAUUCUCCAGCGGUCCGUGAUGAUGCUGAUGAGUCCUACAGGGAAGCUCUCUGGCGGGGGGAUAUCCGGGUUUCCUACUGCCAGGCUGGGUAUAAUCCAGAUGUACCCGGGCCCCAGGAGUCCGGCCUCCCUCGCCAUGCUGAAGAGGUACUGCGCCUCCUCGUGAGAGCAGUAGACCAGCAGCACCUGAGCGUCGAUCUGCUGCAGCAGCCUCCGCGCCCGCAGGUCGUUUAAGGUGUCGGCGGACAUGUCGAAAGUCAGGACGUCCUGAAGCUCCCACAGGAAGUAGCUGGUAUCUGUGAAGGACUUGACGUGAUCCACGUAGGCCUCGUAGCCCGGGUAGAGGCUGGUGAUCACCACAAAGCUGUCCCAGUUGUACUCCUCCAUCACCUUGAACAUGCCGUUGAUCUGCUGCUCGAUGGACGAGCCCAGCUGCAGGAAGUUGGAGCCUUCACCCUGGAAAAAGACAGGAAGAUAAGAGAAGCGCGACAGACAACAUUUUCAUCAACACGGGAGAAAUCAGAUGAAGAGAAUUGGUAUUCAUCAGAGCGGACAUCUGCAAGUUCCUCAGGGGGAAGAGUAUGAUCCCGCGUUCCUCUGAGUUUGGGGAGAUACAGAGCUGGCGUACGUCAUGAAUAUGGCCGUCAGGUGAGGAAACCAUGGUGACCCAAGGUGCGGGGGGGUGAUGACUCACGCUGGACUGGUGGAGGACUGCAUCAAAAAAGAGUCCCGAGUCAGCAGCUGAGGUGGGAUGGCAGCGAGAGCAGUUCACCAAGCUUCUUCUUCUUUUCACUUCUGUAGCAGCGCCACAAUCAUAUUCCGCUGGAUCUCAGGAGUCCGACAUUGCUCUCCAGAGUAAAUACACACUCCAUUAAGUCUCGCGGGGAGGCGAUCGGCUGGAGUCUGCGGAGGGGAAUGAGCCACACCAUCUGCAGACGCAUUCAUCACUUCCUUUUGCGGCCGAACCUGCAGCCUGGCUGUCAGCCACGCUUGCAAAUUUAGGCCCGCUCAGCAGCUCCGCGGGAAAACACGCCGACCUUGAGAGGAGUCGGAGUCGCGCUACGCCACCGCGUGCCGCCGUGUACUGUCCUCGCCCGUCGACAAACUGAAACUCUUUAACUUUGAUUCCCUCCUGUCUCCAGAUAAUUCUGUUGUGUGAAGCCGCGGAGAAUUUCAUUUCCUGGUAACAGGAUGAAUGAGUCUGAUCUCGUCGCCAAAUGUCUGUUUCCUGUAAUGAAUCAAUGCUGCGGAUCAAGCUCACCUCUCGACGUGACGACAUGAUGCGUCACCACGACGUGAAGCCGUCGAUAGACGCCUGCAGCUUGAAUCACUCCUGACCCUCCUGCGCUGUUAUGACGGGCUCAAUGUUUCGGGCGACUCUACCCUGACCUCUCCGUCGCCAGGGGAACACAAACAAAGGCCCACCGGAGCGCUGGACCAGCAGAGGCCGGCGGGUCAAGCACCGCGGGCCUGUGAUCUUAUUUAGCUUGUCUCCUCCUGUCCUUGAGAGAAGUUGUGCCACAAAGUGAUUGAUGAGCACCUUAUGCAUUUAGACGUCAGGCGACUGUUCCAGAGGAAGUGUGAAAAAAAUGCUCCAGAUGAAGCAGAACUACUGCGGAACUUUGACAGGACAAAAGCCGCUCUUGUUCCAGGGCCCAGCCCGGCGAUCCCUCUCUGGAGGAGGCGCUGCGCCUUCACAUUCAGAGGUAACACCCCACAGCCCUGAGAUGCAAUUCUGAGGUCACUUGUUAAUCAAGGUUUUAUUGCAAAGCUAAUCAUAUUUAUGCGGCGCCAAGUCUCCACAGAAGUUUUCUCAGGGCGCAUAUGAAUUUUGGCAGAUUGCGGACAUAAAAGCUUUAACACAGAGGCGUCGCUUUUAUUCCAGAACAUUUCAUUUUACUGCGGACAUCUGUCCUCCAACAACUGGCACCGAGACGGUGCGAGGGAGUUAGUUAAGCCCUUUAGCCGUGACAGUUCCAGGAAACGUUGACGGACGGUUACACUGCGUGCCCAGGCUCUGGUGAUGUUGGGAACAAAAAGUGGACAAACGGACCGCCAUUGUUUGAGGGAACGCUCUGGAGACGGGCCGGGAGAUUAUCCGAUCCUGACCUGUCAACAGUUCCAGUUCUAGAGAAAAGUCCGCAGGCUUUUAACUCGGAGGGCGCAAAACAUGAAAAAAUGGACAUCCAAUUCUUGGCCGUAUCUUGGCUGCCAGAUUGCGCUGGUAUAUGGCGGCAUCUGGCGGCCAAGCUAGGGUCCAUUUUUUCAUGUUUUGCAGACGCCCAGACGCCCUCACAGCUAAAAGCCUGAUAGUGCGUUCUCACAAGUCAAUGGCCGAUACACCCUAGGAGCCAGGAAGACUUCAGCUGGGGAACAACAACUACGUCCCCCUUUCCUGUUGAUGGCCUGCUUGGAAGCUUGUGGGCUCCUUGAGGUCCCAUCGGCCCUGACUCAUGGGUGCAUGAGCUAAAGGUUCUUAUUCCAAUGUAGACCUACAUCUCUCCUACAGAUGAUGUGUUCGCACCGGUGAACUCCAUUUCAACUGGGUCAGACGCCGAUUUAGUUGAGAUGUUCCCGGAGCUCCCAAUCUGCUUCAGAAAUCAUUUAAAUCGCAGGGCGCCGCCUGCCUUCACCGCAGCAUGACUAACAGCAGCGCUUUGUUAUGCAUCUCCAUGCUAAUCCCGGGAUUUGUCACAGAGGCUCUGGCGUGACAAUUACAUCUCAACAUCUUAAUUAGCCGGGCGGAUGGUCCAAAUGAGCCCCGGGCAGCGCUCACGGCGUCAGACGAGGACGCUAUCUUACAGGAGACAACAGGCCAUGUGUGGGCCAGGAUAUUCAGCGUGGUCACAGAGCUGAAGCUGGAACACAAGGCAGCUGUGCGUGUGUCUGAGAUACGAAUGAGUCGCCGUAGAGCAGAUGCUCAGUACACGUCAUCACACCGUCAUCUAACAUCACGCUCACUAUUCAAAUCGAAAUCACAAGGUGUUGAGGAAUGAAAUUAAAACAUCUGAGAAGCUAACACAGGCCUUCGACGACCACAUUGACUCGUCCUUUGACCACGAGAGGGUGACAGAAUGCUCCCUAUACGACGGCAGGGGAGGAGCUACCGAUGAGCAUGAUGAGGUGCCUCAGCUGUGGAGCCCAGAACAAUGGCAGCAGAUUCAGUGGGGUGCGCGCACCAAAACAGAUGUACAUUUAAGUCUCCUCGCUGGUGGGCUGAUCUGGACAGUUGGAAAUGGACAACGCGAGUGUCAGAGGAGUGCAACACUGUCGCACCCCGCUGAGAGCCGCGUCUCCACCUGUCAAAGAGCUGAAGGUGAAAGCCUCGGCCGUGCGCUUCUAUCAAUAGAGCUGGAGCCCGUCCAAGCAUCCGCUGCCGACAAAGAUGGACAUCUGCGUCUCAAAGGCACAAAGACGCAAUCGCACGCAGCUUCAUCUGUCGCGGCAGUCAAUGAACCUUUUUGUGUAACCGCACCUGGUCACAUGGUCCUGCUCUGGGAGCAACCCUGACUUGUGCUGGGACAUAUGUCUGCUUCCGCUGCGCGGCAGGAAGUGAGCUGGCACGAAUCCUGUUGAGCUGUCGUCACGCAGAUCUGCACAGCAACCGGGAGCCGCCGUACGCUCGACUAUUAAUAGUAAAGCUGCCUCAAAGGAAAGAUGCUACGAUGGUUGUGCCGUGCCAUUUGUGCACUCAUAUGAGGACAUCAGGCUAAACACAGACUUUGCUCAUGCCGUCAAAGCUAACACUUUUGUUUGAACAACACGCCGAGAAGAAGACAAGACAGGACCGACAUCUCAAAUACAGACCUGGAACUUGGGUCCUUCACCGUAGUCUGGUGCCAAAUGAACAGGAAUGAGCCCAAAGUCUGUCCUCAGCCAAACUUUCCUCCCUCUGUAGCGACCGACUUGAGUCAGUCGAGGGACACGGGCCAGAGCCCGCCCUCGUACACAGACACCAUAGAAAUCCCUCAAAAAGACCAGCGGUGGUUAUGCGCAACAUCUUUUUCGCAGCGAGGCAGUUUGUCACGUUAAUGGGAUCCAGCUGACUAUUAUUACCAUAAUUCCCUCUGAAACUAAUAGUUUGGAUUCCGGCGAAGCCUCCGAGGCGCCAAAAGCGGAAUAUAAAACGUCAGAUUUCCUCACAAGACGCUGAUGUUUAUUCCCUCCAACAAACACGAGAUGAAUGUCAACGCGACUUCACUCUUUAACCUCCGGAUUUGGCUGUCAAGCGGCAAACAAUGGCUUCUAUUCCUAACAGUAAAUGGCCACGCUGAUAAAUUUGACUGUGAGGAGCUGCCGCGUGCCGUGGUUCAAAAACAGGAGCGGCCCAAACCUGCGUGUCAGCUGGGAUUACGCCUAUUGAUUUCUGCUGGUGUGCACGGCGACAGACCCUCAGGUCCUGCUCGAUAGGGUGGGCAACCGCCAAGUCACUGCGCUUUCUUUCCCCUCCGUCUCCAGGCCACACUGAGCGCGUUGGGAGAACCUGGACCGCUCCUCUUCCAGAAGAGGAGGAUUGAGAAUUCCAGAAGCAAAGAGUUGCAGUCAAAGUUGCAGUCGAGUUCAGUGCUAAAACGGUUCGUCGAGUCAGAGCUUUUUAAUCAGACUCUACAGCGAAAAAACAACUCUGCAUCUUUGCUUGACUUGAGCUCACGUCACAGAUGUUGCCUCUUAAAUCCCAACAGUCAAACAAAAAGAGCUCAGGUGGCAGUCAUUCCACCUGGUUCAUUCAUCAUAUUUGAUGCAGAUAGUGGCAUGAGGAUUAGUUUCUGCUGUGACUUAAGGGACUGUAGCUGCUGCCUUCAAAACACCAUCACCUGCCGAGACCCCGGGGGAGGACAUCACCCCGAGGAACACCAGGUCACCAGGAGCCGUCAGGACAGUAGAAACACUGUAGCUUCUUCCGAGUGACGUUCGGCCUCAAUCUCUUCAUCGGCUCGUUUCACACCGUCGCCUUCUACGAGAUCCACGUCUUGUCUUUCGGCGACAUAGAGAAGGAAUGAGCUCCAUCACCUUGUUGACUAUCUUUGACAGCGACCCAUAAAUCAAUGCAGCGGCUCCGCUCUGAUUAUCGGGGAGACGGGUGAAAACCAGAGCAACUCUUGAGUGAGUGACGCCGACAGCACGGGCAGGAUGGACGGAAUUACCCGAGCGAUAUCGAGGAAUAGCACCGAGCGACCGUGUCCCACUGGGAAUAAAGCACAGCUGAACAUCAUCAGAGUUAGCGUUAGCCACAGUGAGUCAUCAGCAACGGGACCAAGACAGAGACGCCCGACUCUUUGUCAUUGGGGAUGAAUUUCAAUUCACUGGGAGGCGCCGGAUGAUGCGCUGACGAUUGCAUUGGAACAGAUGAUGCUCUUAAUGAAUGAUGAAGUUGCUCUUCAUAUGCAAAUGAGCCAUCUGAGUGAUUCACUCCUUCGAUUGUUGUUUUACUACGGGAAUGAAAAACAAAGGAGCAUUUACAUGCCGUCAAUCACAGCGCUGAGAUGUCAAACACACAAUGAGCUUGUUGGAAGAUCGUUCCGCUCCCACGCAUGAAGUCUUUUCCCCCCCGAGCGAGUCAGGAAUCUGAACAAGAGUGAGACUCCACAGACAUUUAUCAACACAAUUAAGUUGUGUCAUGUGACUCUGACAACUGAGAGAAAUAGCCAUCACCUGUUCCGUCAAACUGUUAGAGGGAAAGUGAAAGUGGACCGGGUUUUUUCUGCGUACGACUUUUGACAAAGUUGUUGACAUCCCAACUUUAAUUUGUCUCAGUGGUUGUUCUUGAAAAGCCCCAAAUAAAAACAUUAUUACCGUCUUUUCCGGACUGUAGAGCGCAGCGGAAUAUUAGCCGCGCCCAAUAAAUGUAAGAAGGAAAAUGUUCAUAAUAAGCUGCAGGUUCAGUGGUGCUGUCGGUGCUGUGAACCGGUCAGUGGUGCUCCGGCUUAAAAACACUUUUCCAAACCAGUUUUGAAAACGGGUCCACACAGCGUCUUCAUUUCUCCACGCUGCUCUCACAAUAGACCAGGUGCAGCUCCCCAGCCAGGAUCAAGUCAGCACCAAAACCCGACUCGCUUGUGUUCACGUCGGACUUUUGAGCUGAACGCACUUUGUCUGGAGACAGCGCCUCACAUCUUUUAUUCACAGUAAAGCCCUGGAAAUGCGCUGUUUUCGCCCACGUGGCCAGAGUUUUGACACCCCCGCCAGUCUCAGCCGCUGCUUCUCAAUACCAGACCUCCAGGGGAUCCGCUCUGUUGACGGAGCUGUGGACACGCGGGCGAAAACAAAGCAUUUGGAGUGCUUUAAGGGUCAAUAAAAAGCCUCUGAUUGAAUCUGAUUUCUGACUGUGAGAAAAAGCGGUAAACAUGACGUGGAAUGUUGCCAUGAUUAUUUAACGCGCUUUUGAAGAAUCCUAAAAAAUUGGGGAGGAGCACUUGCUCAGUUGUGUGUCAGUGUGUUUGGCUCAUGCCCAACAGAGAGGAGACGACACUGGGCGCUUGAGGCGUCGGGGGGGGAUCGACCAAACACUCGCCUCCAGCUCUGGGCGGCCAAUGAUGAGCAGCUGCGAUUCUACCAGCGCUAACACGGUGAUGGAACGUCACCCAGUGAUGGGCCUCUGGAGCGCUGCCACCACCCAAGAUCACAGCGGCUACAAACGAGGCUGACAGCGAGCCCUGAUGAAAAGCUUUUGGCUCGACUCUCUUCAGAUAUGAAUUUGUGAGGCCGUCAUUGAUCCUAUUAGGUGUGAUUUACGGCCGCGUGCAGGACUGUAACUGAUGCCGCGGCCCGUUAAUCUCCCUCCGGUCGUGUCCGACGGACCGUACCAUCUUCUGCUGCGGAGCUAAAAGCCAAGCU